UCCGCGUUUAUCCAUGCGACAGAGCCCUCUCUUCUUCUCCCGUUCCCCCCCACGCGUGCGCUUUCUCUUCUCUCUCCCGUGGCGCCGGCUGGGCGACCUCGCCGCCGGCCGCCGGCCUCGCCAGGUGCCCAGGUCUCCGUCGGGCCCUUCGAAAGGUUCCUUCAGGCCCUUAUCCGGCUGCAAGCACCAUCAGAGACUGAUUAGGAGUUCAAGGAGCAAAUCAAUUUGUAUCGAAUAUAACCAAGCUUUCAUGGCUAUGGUGCGAAGUGAUUCAUCACAUCAUGGAGUUGUGGACAAUAGCCCCAAUGGAUGUGCCCAGGCUAGGUGUGAUGAAGCUAGGAAACUUGGUCCAUCGUGGUAUUUCAGUAGAAAAGAAUUAGAGGAAAAUUCUCCAUCCAGGAGGGAUGGUAUUGAUUUUAAGAAAGAGUCUAACCUUCGAAAGUUGUAUUGCAAGUUUCUACAAGAUUUGGGCAUGUUGCUUAAAAUGCCUCAAGUGACGAUUGCCACAGCGAUGGUAUUCUGUCAUCGUUUUUACCUUCGUCAAUCCCUUGCAAAAAAUGAUAGACGAAUAAUCGCCACAGUUUGUUUAUUCUUGGCUGGAAAAGUUGAAGAAACACCUAAACCUCUGAGGGAUGUCAUCUUGGUUUCUUAUGGGAUGAUUCAUAAGAAUGAUCCUAAGUCUAGUCAGAGAAUCAAGCAGAAGGAAAUAUAUGAUAAACAAAAAGAACUUAUUUUACUUGGGGAGCGAGUUGUACUUGCAACACUUGGGUUUGACCUUAAUAUUCACCAUGCAUAUAGGCCCUUGGUUGAAGCAAUAAGGAGAUUCAAUAUUGAUAAUAAAAGUCCACUUGCUCAGGUUGCCUGGAAUUUUGUAAAUGAUGGGCUGCGUACUUCGCUUUGCCUGCAGUUCCAGCCUCAUCAUAUUGCAGCUGGUGCUAUCUGUUUGGCUGCUAAAUUUCUCAAAGUGAAGCUCUCAUUAGAUGGUGAUAAGCAUUGGUGGCAGGAUUUUGAUGUCACGUAUCGACAGCUUGAAGAGAUUAGCGGUCAGUUGUUGGAAAUGUAUGAGCAAAACCGUACAACGCAGGCACAAUCAUCACAGGGAAGUGAAGCCGAAGGGAGCUCCGCUGGUGUGUGUAAUCAACGUUCAUCUGUAAAGUCUGAAGCAAAUUCCAAGGAACCAUCUGCUCAUGGUUAUCUUCAGGCAUCCAGAUCGCAAAAUUUGCAGCAUUCGUCCUCAACAAGCGCUUCAGGUCACCAUGACGAUGGGCACUCAAAUUCAGACAAGCAUAUUUCUGGCCACAAAAUGCUGCAAAAUGACAAUGCUAACCAUGGUGGCAGCAAAGAAAAGAACAAAAGUGGAAUCAAAACUGAUACUGGUAUGGACAGAUUGCACCAUGACAAAAAGUUCUCGCCUGGACAUCGUUAUCCAGUGGAAGAACAUCAACCACAUCGAUCGGAUGAUAAUUCCAAUGAAACAAGAGAUGGUGUUGGUGGCCUUGAAGCUCCUGUUGUGUCAACCUCGAGAAUGGAUGCAAUGAAUAAAAUUGACAAGGAUAAAGUAAAAGCAGCUCUGGAGAAGCGAAGGAAGUCGAAAGGUGGUUUUGCCUCAAAGGUAAAUUUGAUGGAUGAUGAUGAUCUACUUGAGAGAGAGCUAGAACAAGGUGUUGAGUUGGCUGUUGAGGUUGAGAAGAUUAAACAGGAUAAGAAGCAGAACUUGUCCGAUGGUAGCAAGCAUCCACCAGACCUUCAAAACACUGACCAAGUAAUGGAGAAUGGUCACCAUGUCAAGCAGAGUCUACCAACAACAGCUGAAGACAUGGGCUGUCUGAUGGACAGUAAAGAACAACAUCCUUCACCAUUUAUUAAGCAAAAUGAUGUUCCUGAGCACAAGUCACAGCAGCUUGAUGACACAUUGAAGCACCAAAAGGGCUAUGACCAUCCUCAACUUGUAGGAGGCCCUGAGCUGGAUGGAAAGGACUGCAAGAGACCUAAGCUCGACGGGUAGGUUUACAUAUGAUUUUGGAUGGUUUUUUUUGGAAACUGACAUGAAUUCAUUGUAUGAUGAGGAGUACAUGUUGAUGAGCAUGUGUCUUCAAUGGUGCCUGACGAUGCUGUGCCCAAAAUUGCUGUGCUGCGGAACAUCAAGAUGAUGUGUCCUGCAACUGAUUGCAGUUUACAAAUUGAGGAAAGUCGGGCAGCAAUAUUUACUAGGUUCCAACAAACAUUGGUAUAUAUAUGAACGAAACAUGCUCUGAUGCUCAUGCUUCUGGUAACAGUUGCAUUCAUUUCUUGUAUGUGAUGUUCUGGUUAAAGCGAUGCAAAGGUUUUGCAAGGCAUGAUGAUUGUCCCAAUCAAGGUCGCAAAUAUUGGUGCAGCCUUCCUUUCCAUUGUCCUAAUUAAAUGAUUUCCCUUUUUU